CUACCUGAAAAAUUACCCCCCUCCCCCCUAGCCGAAAGCCGCCAUGACUGACGUUGAGCUCUCUCGUUCAGAGAAGAAGAAAAAGAAAUCAAAGUCUGGCAAAAAUGAGGACGAAACCCAAACACUAUCCACCCAAAUUGAUGGUGAUUUUCUCAUCAAACCUCAAAGCUACACCCCCACCAUUGACACUUCAGAAUGGCCGAUUCUCUUGAAAAACUACGAUCGUCUCAAUGUCAGAACGGGUCACUACACUCCUCUCCCGUCUGGGUAUUCUCCAUUGAAGCGUCCGCUUGCUGAGUAUAUAAGGUAUGGUAUUCUUAAUCUUGAUAAACCUGCUAACCCAUCUUCACAUGAAGUUGUAGCUUGGAUUAAGAGGAUCCUUCGGGUCGAGAAAACGGGUCAUAGUGGUACUUUGGAUCCUAAAGUUACUGGGAAUUUGAUUGUUUGUAUUGAUAGAGCGACCCGUUUGGUUAAAUCCCAACAGGGUGCGGGUAAAGAGUAUGUGUGUGUUGCUAGGUUGCAUUCUGAUGUACCUGAUGUUGCUAAGGUUGCUAGAGCACUUGAAGCUCUUACUGGGGCUGUUUUUCAAAGACCCCCGUUGAUUUCUGCUGUGAAAAGGCAACUUAGGAUUAGGACUAUUUAUGAAAGUAAGUUGCUUGAGUAUGAUGCUGAUAGGCAUUUGGUUGUUUUUUGGAUAUCGUGUGAGGCGGGUACUUAUGUUAGGACAUUGUGUGUUCAUCUUGGGUUGCUUUUGGGUGUGGGUGGACAUAUGCAGGAGCUUAGGAGAGUGAGGUCUGGGAUUUUGGGUGAGAAGAAUAAUAUGGUGACAAUGCAUGAUGUGAUGGAUGCACAAUGGAUGUAUGAUAACUAUAGGGAUGAGACUUACCUGAGGAGGGUCAUUAUGCCAUUGGAGGUAGUUUUGACUAGUUAUAAGAGGUUGGUGGUUAAGGAUUCGGCAGUUAAUGCUAUUUGUUAUGGUGCAAAGUUGAUGAUUCCUGGGCUUCUAAGGUUUGAGAAUGAUAUUGAGGUUGGAGAGGAGGUUGUGUUGAUGACUACUAAGGGGGAGGCCAUCGCGUUGGGGAUCGCAGAGAUGACCACGGCUGUUAUGGGCACUUGUGAUCAUGGUGUGGUUGCAAAGAUUAAGAGAGUGGUGAUGGAUAGGGAUACUUAUCCUAGGAAAUGGGGCUUAGGGCCAAGGGCUUCAAUGAAGAAGAAGUUGGUUGCUGAGGGUAAGUUGGAUAAACAUGGUAAGCCAAAUGAAAAAACUCCAGCUGAGUGGUCCAGAAAUGUUGUUUUAUCCACCAAAGAGGAUACUCUGGUUGCUGGUCUUGCUGCUGCUACUGUGAAACCUGAUCCUGAUGCAGUGGCUGCUGAUGGUGCAGCAGGUGAGGUUGAGAAGAAAAAGAAGAAACAUAAGGAAGAUGAUGAGGAGGCUAACAAGAGAAAGUUGGAUGAUUUAGAUGUAUCCCCUGCACCCAGUGCUUUAAAGAAACUAAAGGUAGAGAUAGUCGAGGAAGCACUGGAGAAGUCUGAACUGAAAAAAGAAAAGAAGAAGAAAAAGAAGAAAGAAGCUGAUGAAGCUGGAUCCCCUGAUGUAGAGUCCUUGAAAAAGGAAAAGAAAAAGAAGGACAAAGAGAAUAAUGAUGCUGCAUCUUCAGAUGAGGAGAAGUCUGAGAAGAAGAAAAAGAAGAAGAAGAAAGAUAAAGAAUCAGAGAAUGGUGAUGUUGGAAGUGACAACGAAGGAAGUAAAAGCAAGAAGAAGGAGAAGAAGAAAAAGAAGAAUAAAGAUGCACAAGAGGAGUAGAGGUGAAGGUCUUCGCCUCAAAUGAGUGCUCCUAUGUAUGUUAAAAUGCAUGUCAUGUAGUUGUUCAAAAUUUUGCCGUUUAUUCACUUGUUUUUGGGCAGGAGUUUGUUGCAGCUGAAGUUCCUGAUCAUAGACGUGCUUAUUAGUUAAUUAGUUUUAUCUUUUUAUUUGUUAAGACUUGAGUAUUUCAAUCCAUAAGG